AUGGACCAAAUGGUGGCUUUUGAUGCUAUCCUCUUCCCCUCUGACGGCCGCCCACCACAUGUGGUACCACUUAUGACCAGCCCUGCGUCCUUCGCGGACCCGAGGUCGCCACACGUCGGCUCUUCGACCGCUCGGGUCCCUCACCCCGAAGUCUACAUGGACUACAUUGCUGAGGGAAUGGGUCAAAGAGCUUGGGGAUACCAGCUCGUAGAGGCGCUCGACGGCAUGAACAAGAAGUUUACAAACCCGUACAUCAUCUUCUAUCCCGUCGUGUCCCGUGAUGGCAUGCCCUUCCCGCAUAACAAGGCUCUACGCGAAAUUCAGGGGAACAAGUUCCGCGAGGACGCCGCCUGGCGCGGUAACAUCGUGGUCGCGAAAUAUAGAGACAGCAGGUUCUCGGCGAUGAUGUCUGCGUCGAUGGCAGACUUUCCGAUACUGAAGAACUACAUGUCGACCCACCCUUCACCAUCCGCCCGUUUGACAGCAAACGUAAGGAGGCGGUAG